GCUGACGGUGCUGCCGGACAGCGGCGCGCUGCUGAGGUUCGUGCAGCUGGCCAACCGGGUGGACCUGCGGGAGGGGGAGCAGGCCUUGUCCGAGUGCGGCAUGUACGCCGAGCUGGCUGCGCUGUACAAGUACAACGGCUGCCACGAGGAGGGGCUGGAGCUGCUGAGGCGGCUCAGCCAGGAGCCGGACAGCCUGCCCAGGAAGCCACGGGGAGCAGCGGCGGACCUGCCCGGCCUGCCCGGCGUGUGGGCCGCCGUGCGCUACCUGGUCUCCCUCACCGCGCAGCACGCGCCCGUCAUCACCCGCCACGCCGGCUGGAUGCUGGCGGCCGACCCGGAGGCGGGGCUGUCCGCGCUGCUGCACAUGUCGCCGCCCCUGGACCCCUCGCUGGCGCUGUCCAUCCUGCGGCGCCACUCCGCGCACUACUGCGGGCUGUACCUGGAGACGGCGCUGCAGAUCGGGGUGGCGCUGCCGCAGGACUACCACAACGAGCUGCUGCUGAUCUACCUGAGGGACAUACUGGCAAAGGAGCCCCCCUCCCCCAGCCGCGCCCGCAGCGCCCAGCGGGGAGCCCAGCUGCGGCAGCUGCUGCUGACCCGCCGCCCCGACCCGCACCAGCCGCAGCUGCUCUUCCCAGACGACCUGGCCGCCGCCCUGCACCCGCACAUGGCAGCACAGCAGCAGCAGCGGGCAGGAACAGGCGGAGGAGCAGGGGGCGGCAGCCACCACCUGCUGCAGCAUCACAGGCGGUUUGCCAGUGCACCUGCGUCCUCUGUGGGUACCCCGCCGGGCGGCAUGUCGCGGGCGGGCUCGCAGGCCAGUCUGCGAGGAGGAGGCGAUGGCGGGGCGGGCAAGCCGCAGCAUGGAGAGGAAGC